GCGUUGUUCACGUCGAAGGCUCUUUGUGAAUGGAUCGGUGCAUGCACGCAGCUUACGUUAUGAACGGCUGCACCUCUUUCUACACCAUGGCUGAGACGACAGGGAAAUUUGACUUUGCCAUCGACCGGGGUGGCACCUUCACUGAUGUGUUCGCCCGGCUGCCUGACGGCCGAGAGAGAGUCCUGAAACUGCUAUCCCGGGACCCCCAGAACUACAAAGAUGCUCCCACUGAGGGGAUCCGCAGAGUCCUGGAGGAGGAAACAGGGCUGGUCUUCCCUCGCGAUCAGCCUGUUGACACCUCUCUGAUUGGCUGGAUCAGAAUGGGCACGACCGUGGCGACCAACGCGCUGCUGGAGAGGGAGGGAGAGAGGACUGCGCUCCUGGUCACAAAGGGCUUCAAGGACUUGUUACACAUUGGCACACAAGCCAGGCCAAAGCUCUUUGACUUGGAGGUGGCGGUUCCUGAAGUGCUCUAUGAAGAGGUGAUAGAGGUGGACGAGCGAGUUGUGCUCAGGCAAGAUGGCUGCCAGCUACACAGGAAAGACACAAAACGUAUCGUUACAGGCAGUACAGGAGAUUCUCUGGAGGUGUGGAGGGAGCUGGAUCUGCAGAAAGUGGAAAAAGACCUCACAGGAGUUCUGUCUCGGGGGAUCACCAGCCUGGCUGUGCUCCUGCUUCACUCAUACACAUGGUCGGAUCAUGAGAAAGCUGUUGGCGCCCUGGCACGCCGCUUGGGCUUCACACAGGUGUCCCUGUCCAGCGAGGUCAUGCCCAUGGUGCGGGCAGUGCCUCGGGGAUAUACCGUCUGUGCAGACGCCUACCUCACACCCAAAAUUCAUCAGUAUUUAAAAGGUUUUACUUCAGGGUUCAAGAAUGGCCUAAAGGAUGUGGACGUCCUCUUCAUGCAGUCAGAUGGCGGUCUGACUCCCAUGGAGCAGUUCUGCGGCUCCCGGGCCAUCCUAUCAGGCCCAGCAGGAGGUGUGGUGGGAUAUGCUAUCACAUCCUUCAGCCAGAUGGAGGAAAAACCUGUAAUUGGUUUCGACAUGGGUGGAACAUCCACUGAUGUGAGUCGGUAUGCAGGUCAGUAUGAGCAUGUGUUUGAGGCUACCACAGCUGGAGUCACCCUGCAGGCACCUCAGCUGGACAUCAACACCGUGGCAGCAGGGGGAGGAUCACGACUCUUCUUCAGAUCUGGCAUGUUUGUGGUGGGACCAGAGUCUGCAGGUGCACAUCCAGGGCCAGCCUGUUACAGGAAAGGUGGUCCUCUGACUGUCACAGAUGCCAAUUUAGCCCUGGGUCGCCUUCUCCCCUCCUUCUUCCCAAAGAUCUUUGGGCCCGGCGAGAAUGAGCCGCUGUCGUUGGAUGAAACGAUGAAGCAUUUCCAUCUUCUGACCCAAGAGAUCAACCUCUUCCUGUCUUCUAACCAGUCACAGAUUAGCACAAAUGGUGCCAAUCACUCGCAUAACCAAACAUCAGAGAUGAGCGUGGAGGAGGUUGCUAUGGGAUUCGUUCGUGUUGCAAAUGAGGCUAUGUGCCGGCCAAUCAGAGCUCUGACACAGGCAAAGGGCCAUGACACAUCCCAGCAUGUGCUGGCAUGUUUCGGGGGUGCAGGAGGCCAACACGCGUGCGCUAUCGCCCGAGCCCUGGGCAUGAAGACAGUCUUCAUACAUAAAUACAGUGGUGUGUUGUCAGCCUAUGGUCUGGCUCUGGCUGACGUGGUGGAGGAGGUGCAGGAGCCGUGUUCACUGCAGUACGAGCAGAACUCUUUCAGAGAGCUGGAUCAGAGAGUGGAGCAGCUCUUAAAACGCUGCCACAACACACUCUGUGCACGUGGGUUCACCAGUGCUCAGAUCACCUCUGAGGUUUUCCUCCACCUGCGUUAUGAGGGCACGGACUGUGCUCUCAUGGUCACAGCUGCUGGUUACCCCAGGAACACCCAGUCCUGUCAAGCUGGAGACUUCCGCAGUGCCUUCACUAAGCGUUAUCUGAAGGAGUUUGGCUUCACUAUCCCAGACAGACCCAUCGUUAUUGAUGACAUUAGAGUGAGGGGUUGUGGGAAAUCUGGCAUCAAAUCUGUGUAUAAAACAAAGGAAGGACAUGGACAGGCCAAACCAGUCACGAUGACCAAGUGUUACUUUGAGGAAGGAUACCUUGACACCAGCGUGUAUCUUUGGGAGGAGUUGCCCUGUGGUCACAGCAUCCAGGGACCGGCCAUCAUCAUUGAUAAAAACAGUACAAUCUUGGUAGAGCCGUGCUGUGAGGCACGCCUGACAGAAGGGGGCGAUGUUUGCAUGACUGUGGGCUCUGACCCUCACUGUGUCCUAGGCACUGAGCUCAACACAGUGCAGUUGUCCAUCUUCUCGCACCGCUUCAUGAGCAUCGCAGAGCAAAUGGGUCGAGUUCUCCAAAGAACUUCAAUCUCAACCAACAUUAAGGAACGCCUCGACUUUUCCUGUGCUGUGUUUGGACCAGAUGGAGGUUUGGUGUCCAACGCUCCACACAUCCCUGUACACCUAGGGGCCAUGCAGGAGACCGUUCAAUUCCAGAUCAGAUCGUUGGGGAACAAUCUGAAAGAAGGAGAUGUGAUCCUGAGUAAUCAUCCGUGUGCUGGGGGCAGCCACCUCCCAGACCUCACAGUCAUCACACCUGUGUUUAAGAAAGGAGUAAAUGGUCCAGUGUUCUUUGUAGCCAGCAGGGGUCACCAUGCAGACAUAGGAGGCAUCACUCCAGGCUCCAUGCCGCCACACUCCACCUCCCUGCAGCAGGAGGGCGCCGUCUUCACUUCCUUCAAACUGGUCACUGGUGGCAUCUUUCAGGAAAAAGCUGUAACUGAAGCUUUGAUGGCUCCAGCCCAGUACCCAGACUGCUCUGGGACUCGUAAUCUCCAUGACAACCUGUCAGACCUGCGGGCUCAGGUGGCGGCCAAUCAGAGAGGCAGCCAGCUGGUGGGGGAGUUGAUCGACAGCUAUGGGUUAGCUGUCGUCCAGGCGUACAUGGGAUACAUUCAGAGUAAUGCAGAGCUGGCAGUUAGGGACAUGCUUAGAGACUUUGCUCGUCACAGACAGCAACAAACCGGCUCCUUGGAGGUGGAGUCUGAGGAUUUCAUGGAUGAUGGAACGCCAAUCAGACUGCGGGUUCAGAUUAAUGAGGAGAAGGGCAGUGCGGUGUUUGACUUCACAGGAACAGGCACCGAGGUGUGGGGGAACUGCAAUGCUCCGCGCGCCAUCACCCUCUCUGCUCUUAUCUACUGCCUGCGCUGCAUGGUCGGACAGGACAUCCCCCUCAACCAGGGCUGUCUUGCUCCAAUCAAAGUCAUCAUCCCCCCUGGUUCGAUCCUUCAGCCUUCCCAGAAUGCAGCUGUGGUUGGAGGAAACGUACUUACAUCCCAGAGGGUGGUUGAUGUUAUUUUUAAGGCAUUUGAAGUCUGUGCAGCUUCCCAGGGCUGCAUGAACAACAUCUCAUUUGGCAGUGAAAAAGUAGGCUAUUAUGAGACAGUUGCUGGGGGAGCAGGGGCAGGACCAGGCUGGAAUGGGCGGAGUGGAGUUCACAGUCACAUGACCAAUACUCGCAUCACAGACCCUGAAAUUCUUGAGAAGAGAUAUCCGGUUAUUUUAGAGCAUUUCUCUCUGCGGACCGCAUCAGGAGGGGCAGGAAAACACCAUGGAGGAGAAGGUGUGAUCCGGAAACUUCUGUUCAGGAGCAAAGUGGUUCUGUCUGUACUGACAGAAAGGCGCUCCACUCGCCCAUAUGGAUUAAAGGGGGGUGAGGACGGAGCAGCAGGAAUAAAUCUGCUGCACAGAGCAGAUGGGCGAGUACUCAACCUGGGAGCCAAAACCAGCGUCAGCCUUCAACCAGGGGACAUGUUCUGCCUCUACACCCCUGGAGGAGGUGGAUACGGGAAAGAGGAUGUCACAAACAGAAGACCCCAGACCAAGCGAAGGCGCUUGAACGAGACUUUCCCUGAGAGAGGCAGCAUCUUUGAAUACAGGAUGGCACAAGAGGGAGUGUGAAAGGAAAUUAUAGUUAGAGAAGCACACAAGUAUGAGAGAGGUGAAGGAGGGAGGUUGGGAGAUUACAGGAAUGCAAACAGAAGAGAUUUAAAGGUGAAAGAGAGAUGGAGGUACUUUGACAAGUA